AAAUACAAACGCACAGCAACCUCGCACACAUACAUACUUCUGACUUUCUGAGCAGACAAGGAAACCCAAUCCAGUAGCCAUGGAGCUGGUUUUCUGCAUUGUCAUAUGCCUCUCGUUCGCCUUUCUCCUCCCUUCCUUCGCCACGGCAACAGCGCCAACCGGAAUGAUACAGCGCGAAACCAAGCAGCAGAUUCUCGCGAGCAUCCCGCCGCACUGGCAGGAGAACCCCGUGCUGUUCCUGACAUCGCCGUCCGGCAAGUACGGGGCCUACUUCAUCCGCAGCCAGACCGCGCCGGGCGCCGGCGGCCUCGGAGCCGACUUCUGCUACGUGGAGGUGCUCGACACCACGGAGCCAGGCGCGGAAGGCCGGAGCGUGUGGGAGUCGGAGUGCCUGGCGGUGAGCACCGUGAACACAUGCGCGCUCGUGUUCUCGUGGAAAGGACUCGAGGUGUUCGACGGGAGCAACUCCGUGUGGCACACCCACGACACGGAGUCAGACGACAACAACUUCCUCGAAACUCUGCAGCUGGUGGACGAAGGCGACAUGCGCGUCCUCGACAAGGGCGGCGAGCUGGCGUGGAAGGCCAGCGACGAGCCGCGGGCCGCGCAGCACUGCGGGUUGCCAGGCUCGCCCGGCCUGGCUUCGGCAAUGCCGCCGUUCGCUGAACCCGCCGGACAGGGGAGUGGCAACCUUCCGUUUGGACAGGAACAAGGAGGCAAUGGCAACGGGCUGCCGCAAGCUGCAGGGUACGGAGGUGCGUCGUCUGGGCAGGGGCAGGCCGUGGAGGGAGUGGGCGAGACGAUUGGAUUUGGCAGCCAGCCGUUGGUGGACAGCAGCCCAUACGACAGCGGUGCCCUGAAGCAGGGAUGCACCUUCCUUGGGAUUGGAGUUGCAUUGGGUCUCACUGCCGUCGCCUCCAUGAUCCUGGGUAUCUGACUCUUUUGCUUAUGCUUUCUUCGUGUGAUGCAGCGGUGGUUUGUCGAUUUGUUUCUAUUGUUUCUGGCGCAAUAAGCCAGAGACGUGUUGUACGCUCGCGUUUGGGGUGGUUCCUUUGCAGGCUGCGGGCCUGCUGGUAGGACCAAAUUGUGUUCGAGAUCGCAAAAUGUAAUUUUCAGGCCGUGCAAAUUUGUUUUGUGAGACUGGAUUCGUGGGGUACUCGGGUUUAUCUUGGGCUAUGCCCUUAUAAACGAAGGCCGUGCGUUCGUCUACUAAUUUCUCGAAAUGGAUAACAGGCAUGGUGUAUGCGUA